AUGGCGGAACCAAAACCGCUUCCUACAGCCAUCUCGGCGCUCGACACUCUCCGACGAGUCUUGUCCACGGAAUCGACCGACGCAAUCCCCGACCACGAUGUACUGGACCAAAAUUCGUUGUCGACGCGAAUUAUUGGGCGAAGCGAGCGAAAUACAAUUUACGAGUUCUUCGGGACGGGAUCGGUUGUAAAACUCAUGAGAGAGCCCAACUUCAAGCUGUGGCAUGACGAAUGGUUGCAGGCCGGCAAUGUGUUCAGCGGAAUUCUCAAAGCGGAAAUAGACCUGCUUGGUCUGCCUUCGGCAGCACCAAGCUUCCCUAGUUCCCAUAACUUACAAGAUGCCCGGCUGGCCCUGAUCGCGCUUUACUUCACGGAGCGAGACCAGCCAAUAGCUCUUCGCAACCCGGAAAAUGAUGAGUGUCUCGUGCGGCCCUACUUUGGGCAGAAUGCGCCUCCCGCAGCGCCUGCGCGCCGCAGUCUUCGCGAUUUCAUACUCUACUACGACCAGAUGAGUUUAAUCGGAAUCGACAUGGAAAGUGCCGUUCGGGAGAUCGCCCUGGGCCUCGCGGUGCUGCACUAUUUCGUACGAAUAGAUGCUCGCGGGGUUGAGUUUGUCUUUGGCUCUGCCCACACAAUCGAGGGUGAGCCUGACGCGGAGAUCCCGCGCCGCCAAACGCGAAUCUGGAUGCUAGACUUUGACAAAACAAACAAGAUUGAUAUUGAAAACAGCGAUUGUGUUGGGCAACUCGUCUCGGCCGCCGUUGAUACCUUGCCUUAUAUUCCUCGGCCAGGAGUGGACAGCGAGCUCUGGCGCGUCUUUUCCGACGCAUACACGCUAUUUUCCACACGAUUUGUCGGGGAAAUUGUCCACUACACCAACGAAUGGUGGUGGAGCCAUCAUUGCAAAAGCCCUAUUAUUGCCAGUGUCCCGGGUCAGUUUCUUUCACAACUUGAAGAGGCCUUUGAGAGUCGAUAA